AUGUAUCGCCAGUACUGGCUGCUAGUAUCUGCAGCCGGUUUCCAGCAGCAGUACUUUAGGGUAGUGCCUCGAAGUCUGAGGGUGCAAGAGGGUUCAGAAGCAGUGCUGGAAUGUGCAGUAGCCAACCUUGCAGGGCAAGUGCAGUGGGCCAAGGACGGAUUUGCACUUGGCUUUUCUUCAGUAAUCCCCGGGUACCCUCGUUACACAAUGUUUGGUGACCGGCGCCACGGUGUUUACAACCUUCGUAUAGUGAACGCCACGCUCGUGGACGAUGCUGAAUACCAGUGCCAGGUGGGACCAGCGCAGAUGCAUAAGGUCAUAAGGGCCAACGCCAGUCUCACCGUAAUAUGUAAGUACUUAGUUAUUUAA